UCAUUCUCGAAAUGGAACUCGGACAAUUGGUAAAGAAAUAACAAAAAAUAUAAAAUAUCAAACUGUUUUAAUUUCAAGCAAUCAUGUAACACCAACAAGUUUUAUUCGGACUUCAAGUGCAGGGGGAAAAUUCUCAUGAAAGACAUUCCAAACAUUUCAUUCCAAUUUCCGAUCUCUCACUAAUAUCGUUCUCAAACUUUGAAUAAGAUAACAAUGGAUGACUGGAGGAAAGUAAAUCUUUCAUGGGAUGAAAAAAUGCAAUAUGUUUUCGACAAUAACUAUUUGACAGAUCUGACUGUCAAAGUGUCCGACGGCAAGGCGACGAGGAGUUUUAACGCUCACAAGCUUAUAUUGAGCAUGUCGAGCGAUGUUUUGGAAGAAGAACUACGAGCAGAGUGUCUACGAGUCCCGGGUGAAGCUGUCCUAAACAUAACAGCAGCAAAUCCCAUAGCUUUCGAACAAUUCCUGAGGUUUAUUUACUGUAAAGACAUCCAUCUCAAGUCUAUUCGUGAGGCGAGCGAUGUGAUCAAAGUUUCGAUCAAAUUCAACGUAGCGGAGCUGACGAAAAUAUGCUUAGAGUACGUCGAGAGAAAUCUAAACUACCAUACUUACAUGGAAUGUGCUGAAUUUGCCAGAAUGUACAACUUAAAAUAUUUAAAGUCUAGAUGCAGUGAAUUGGUUCGGAAAAACACCAAGUUGAUCAUGAACGAAGAUAACAUAGCAAACUGGAAUAUGGAAGCGAUUAUAGACGUACUGGAACAACCCCAUUUACAAUUAAGAGAAAUAGAACUGUUCUAUCUGGUUGAAAAGUGGAUCAAAUCAAAAAAUCUCAACGACCUAAGUUUUAGAAACAAAGUGAGAGAGUACAUAAUGCCCAAGUUUUGCUUUAUGAGUAUGACAGCUGAGGAGUUCACGACCGGUCCGUUAUCAUCGGGUUUAUUGGAAAAAAACGAGUCCCUGGCUGUUUUGGGCCAUAUUGUCGCGGAUCGAUGCGACGUCCCUUACCCAGAAGGAUUCAACCAGAACAUUCGAGAAAUUUACUCUGAACCCAAGAAAUCGCUUUCGGAGAACAAGGGCAGGAGUUCGAUCUCCGAAUUAGAAGAGGAUUUUAUAAAACCUAUCAGAACUCUAUCGUCGAUCACAACAAAAUCCGCAUUGGGUAUGGCAAAAAAGGAACCGCAAGUGCAAUUUGUAACCGGUUGUAAAGCUGUAAAGAAAGAGAAAGAAGAAGACAAAGUUAAAAAUGUAGCUAAAACGAACAUAUCGCCUAAAUCUAGCAAUCAGACUCAAAAAAGAACUUCAGUUACAAAAUCUAUAAUAAAGUCCGUUUCGAAACACUCUUCUUUGCCCACUGAUGACAAACUCAUUGCAUCACCUCCAAGAACAACCACUUCCAGGACCGAGAAAGUAGGAGCGCAAAAGACAUCAAAAGGUUCGACUAACUCUAACCCUUCCGCGGAUCUGGCAACACUAGAGAAACUAUUGCAGCCAGUUUUAGCCAAAGGUGCAAAAGGAAAGCAAGCCCUCACGGUGACAAAGAAAUAGCGACUUCCAAAAGGGAGUUUCAGAUAAAGUACCUAAGAAAUACGCUCUCGCUGAAAAAUAUAUCGUACAAAACAAUAAUUGGAAAUUGGAAAAGUCAAUACAUAUAUAAACUAGGAAUGUAAAUGUAACACAA